CAAUCAAGAAGCCGGUUACCGCAGUUUACGUUGGCGCUCGGGAAAGGUUGCAAGUGUUCUCUGUGUCGUACAAACUAACAAACUGUUAUUAUUCAGUGCGCAUCCCACAUUCCAGCACUCCACGCUGCACGGACAUUCUUGAGAUAACAAAGCAAGCGUUAGACAGCGAUCUCAACUUUGCUCGGAUUUUCUGUGAUAUCGAAGUCCUAAAAGUUCUUGUAUGAAGCUGUGUCAAAAUUUACAUCACAAUACGCUUUUCGUGAGUAGGUCCAAAAAUGGGGGGCACGAAAACCCUCAUUUUCCUUCAGCUGGUCUACAUAACCACGUGUAUGGAACAGCUGGACAUAAUUUACGAGUGGAAGCAGCUGGACUUCCAGUUCCUCUCGCCUGAGGCUCGGCAGCAGGCGAUCGACAAUGGCGGGUUCAUACCUCAGAACAACAUGCCCAUGGGUCUGGAGAUAUAUGGGGACCGGCUGUUCAUUACCGUGCCCAGGUGGAGAAGCGGCGUGCCGGCUAGCUUGACUUAUGUUAACUUGAAAGACAAUUCUACAAAGUCACCAAAGUUAAUCCCAUACCCGAGCUGGGCUGCCCAUCAGAUAGGAUCCGAUGGAAAACCAGAAAUUGUCUCACCCUUCCGAAUCAGAGCAGACCGGUGCGACCGUCUUUGGGUCUUGGACAACGGCAAGAUAGGCAAUUUGGAAAACACCACAACCAAAUUCCUGCCCUCCCUUAUAAUUUACGACUUAAAGACAGACAAUCUCAUCAGAAAAUACGUCUUUCCCGAAGACCAAGUGAAAGAGGAUUCCGGUUUUGCAAAUAUUGCUGUCGAGGAUACAGAUUGUGAGAAAACUUACGCUUAUGCUGCUGAUUUGGGGAAACCGGGUAUCGUUGUCUAUUCCUGGGAGAAAAACGAGUCCUGGAGGAUUACCCAUCACUUCUUUCAUCCUGACCCUUUGGCGUGCGACUUCAGCGUCAAAGGACACAAUUUCAGUUGGACAGACGCUAUUUUUGGUAUAGGACUGUCUGCGCCUAAUGCUGAUAACUUCACCACUUUAUACUUCCAUCCCAUGGCCAGUUACAAUGAGUUCGCGGUAUCUACAGAAUAUUUAAGGAACCAGUCGGUGGCGGAUGCAAAUUUUAAUGCCUUCAAACUCCUAGGUAGUAGAGGGCCGAACGCUCAAUCAAGCGCUUCAUUCGUCGACCCAAAAACUGGAGUUCUCUUCUAUUCUCUCGUUAACCUUAAUGCUGUCGCGUGUUGGAGGACCACGAACAAGGACUACGUGAUGAAGAACCAAGGAAGAAUUUACAUGGAUGACGUCAAAAUGAUUUAUCCAACUGACAUUAAAGUGGAUUAUGACGAAAACCUGUGGGUGCUGUCUAACAGAAUGCCUCUUUGGAUGUACGAUAAGUUGGACCCCAAUGACUUCAACUUCAGGGUGUUUUCUGCUCCGGUUCUUAAUGCUAUUAGCCAUACAGCUUGCGACGUCACACCAAGAUCAGAUAUUUUAGAUAAGUUUAAAGAAGAGUCGCCGCCGAGUUUAAAGCAGCAAUGCGUAAAGUGUUUCCAAGGACCGAACUGCAUCAAGACAGUCGUUAUAUUGCUUUGUGUUUUGCUGGUCGUUCAACAGAUUUCGGCAUGCAUUGAGAAGCUGAUCGACAGACCAAUAACAACGUACACUCACUUCGACUACAAUAAGACCAUCACGUACCCGAGCGUUACUUUCUGUCGGGAGCCGCCAUACAAACAGGAUAAACUUGAGAAGUACGGCUUAUAUUGGCAUCCACGCUACUCGUCUAUGUGGAGGACGUUCAACUUCUCCAGAAUCACUCUGGACGCGUUAUGGGAAGAAAUAACGUACAAUGAAAACGAUUUUUUCGUGCAAUACGGCCUGGACAAUCUCAGAGAAAAUGUGGAAAUAAACCCAGUGAUGGGUUUUAUCCGCGGUCGCUGUUACACAAUAUCCCCAAAAGUGCUGGACAUCAAAGCGAAGGCCACUCGCGAGUAUGGCUACUCGGUCACUCUGCAACACUAUGCUGCCGACAUGGAGUCACCUGCUAGUAUAACUCCUCCGGGGUACCAUGUUUACAUCCACUAUGUGAGGGAGCCGUAUGCAGAAGUUGAAGUGUACAACGGUGGAUUAGUUGAUUACCUGUACAUCAACACUGGGGAAAUGGUGAGCGUGAAACUGAAGGUCGACGAAUACGUGAUGAUCAGCAACGAGGACGACCCUUGUACCUACGCAGCUAAUUAUAGCGCUAACUCGUGCACGACACAAUACGUGUCAGAUCUUGUGACGGAAAUGGUCGGCUGCUCUGGGCCCUGGAUGAAAAGCCCCUUGCCGUAUUGCAACAAUUUUGAAGACAUGCGGGCCCUCAUGUCUAAUUACACAAGGCUCUCGCAGAACCACAAUUGCAGCAACUGCCCUAGAUUCUGCCGCUCGCUGCUGUACAACGCGUUCGUGACGGACAGACAGAAGAAUUACACUUGGGACGACCAAGACAGUCAGAGACCCGUGGCAUCCACUGGCGCUAGUCUGGAGACAACGAUAUACCUCCACUUCAAUAACAUGAUGAUCUCGGUAUACGAGGAAAAGUACAACUACGAUUGGAACUUGUUCUUGUCGGACCUCGGCGGGAGUGUUGGUUUCCUUUUGGGUCUCUCAGUGGUUGGACUUUUCAAUAUCAUCGGCUACAUCUGGGUUUACUUCAUCAAGCCCUUCAUUUGCAGUAAGAAUAAGAAAGUUAGUGGCAGCCACAGUAACAGUAUCUCUGGCAGCGUUGCCACUAUAACCCAAAGCGAAUAUUUGAAGAAAUACGACCAGGAGAAAUAA